AUGUCCAAAUACGACAAAUAUUCCACCCCUCUUUCCGAGAGAUACGCCUCUGACGAGAUGUCCAAGAUCUUCUCGCUGAGGAACAGAUUCUCUACCUGGAGAAAGCUGUGGCUCAACCUUGCCAUUGCCGAGAAGGAGCUUGGACUUGAUAUCAUCACCGAUGAGGCCAUUGAGCAGAUGCGUGCCCAUGUCGAGAUCUCAGAUGACGAAAUUGAAGAUGCUAAGAUCGAAGAGGCUAUCGUCAGACACGAUGUCAUGGCCCAUGUCCACACCUUUGGCAAAACUUGCCCUGCUGCCGCUGGAAUUAUCCAUCUGGGAGCCACCUCGUGCUUUGUGACUGACAACGCUGAUUUGAUCUUCCUCAGAGAUGCGUACGACGUUAUCAUCCCCAAGCUGGUGAACGUGAUCAACAGGUUGGGCAAGUUUGCCCUAGAGUACAAUGACAUGCCAGUUCUGGGCUGGACACAUUUCCAACCAGCACAGCUCACCACUGUGGGAAAGAGAGCCACUUUGUGGCUCCAGGAGUUGUUGUGGGAUCUGCGUAACAUGGAGAGGGCCAGAAACGAUCUUGGCCUCCGUGGAGUCAAGGGAACCACCGGUACCCAGGGCUCGUUUUUGUCAUUGUUUCACGGGAAUCAUGACAAGGUCGAGGAGUUGGACGAACGCGUCGUUGAGCUGCUUGGUUUUGGGUACGCGUACCCAUGUACUGGUCAGACCUACUCGCGUAAGAUCGACAUCGAUGCCCUUGCUCCGCUCUCUUCUCUGGGAGCCACUGCUCACAAGAUGUGCACUGAUAUCAGACUUCUUGCAAACCUCAAGGAGAUGGAGGAGCCCUUUGAAAAAUCCCAGAUCGGUUCGAGUGCUAUGGCCUACAAGCGUAACCCUAUGAGGUGCGAGCGUGUGUGCUCUCUGUCGAGACAUCUUGGUUCGCUUUACCAAGACGUGUUUCAGACGUCUGCCGUUCAAUGGUUUGAGCGUACUUUGGACGAUUCUGCCAUCAGAAGAAUCUCCAUUCCAUCGGCAUUCCUCACCGCAGACAUUGUUCUUUCCACUUUGUUGAACAUCACCUCCGGCCUUGUGGUUUACCCUAAGGUCAUCGAGAGGAGGAUCCAAGCCGAGCUUCCCUUCAUGGCUACUGAAAACAUCAUUAUGGCCAUGGUCGAGAAGGGAGGUUCCAGACAGGACUGUCACGAAGAAAUUCGCGUUCUCUCGCACCAGGCUGCCGCCCAGGUCAAGGAGCACGGCAGGGACAACGACCUCAUCGAAAGGGUCAAGAACACAGAAUAUUUCAAGCCAAUCUGGGGAGACUUGGAUACUCUGCUGGACCCAUCCACCUUCGUUGGCAGAGCACCACAGCAGACCGAGAAGUUCGUCACCGUCACCGUUGCCAAUGCGCUCAAGCCAUUCGCUGAGUAUUUGAACGAGGACAGUUUCCAACUGAGCGUAUAA